CUCUGCCCGCCCAUGAUAAUAUCGAGGGGAAGAUUCCUCUCCGCCACGGAAAAAGAAGAAAAAAAAGGAAAAAAAAAAGAAACCGAGAACGGAGGGACUUCCACAACCUUAAUUCACCAGCGGGGAUCUGCAUUUCCCCAGUAUCGUUCCUUUAUGGCGCCUUAGAUCUCACCAACACACCGUAUUUAUUCCUUGGGAGGAAAAAAAAAUAAAACAACUCGGACAGUAUGACGUCCACAGUGACCUUAGAGGAUGCCCUCUCCAAUGUGGACCUUCUGGAGGAGCUACCCCUCCCCGACCAGCAGCCCUGCAUUGAGCCUCUCCCCUCCUCACUCAUGUACCAGCCCAACUUCAACACCAACUUUGAGGACCGUAAUGCUUUUGUCACCGGCAUCGCCAGAUACAUUGAACAGGCCACAGUUCAUUCUAGCAUGAAUGAGAUGUUGGAGGAGGGGCAGGAGUAUGCCAUCAUGCUCUACACAUGGAGAAGCUGUUCACGUGCUAUACCACAGGUGAAGUGCAAUGAGCAGCCCAACAGAGUGGAGAUCUAUGAGAAGACAGUGGAGGUGCUGGAGCCUGAAGUCACCAAGCUCAUGAAUUUCAUGUACUUUCAGCGCACAGCUAUUGAUCGCUUCUGCGGGGAGGUCCGUCGUCUUUGUCAUGCCGAACGCAGGAAGGACUUUGUGUCUGAGGCAUACUUGCUCACCCUGGGAAAGUUCAUCAACAUGUUUGCUGUGCUGGAUGAGCUCAAGAACAUGAAGUGCAGUGUGAAGAAUGACCACUCAGCCUACAAACGAGCAGCCCAGUUUCUCCGGAAAAUGUCUGAACCUGCAUCCAUUCAGGAGUCUCAGAACUUGUCCAUGUUCCUGGCAAACCACAACAAAAUCACACAGUCUUUGCAGCAGCAGUUGGAAGUUAUUAGUGGAUAUGAUGAACUACUAGCAGACAUUGUAAACCUGUGUGUCGAUUACUAUGAGAACAAGAUGUACCUCACUCCCAGUGAGAAGCACAUGUUGCUUAAGGUAAUGGGUUUUGGCUUGUACCUGAUGGAUGGAAAUAACAGUAACAUUUACAAACUAGAUGCAAAGAAGAGAAUUAACCUGACCAAGAUUGACAAAUUUUUCAAGCAACUCCAGGUGGUUCCACUGUUUGGUGAUAUGCAAAUUGAGCUGUCCAGGUACAUCAAGACGAGUGCUCACUUUGAAGAGAACAAAUCCAGGUGGUCUUGUACAUCUACAUCCAGCAGCCCUCAGUACAAUAUCUGUGAGCAGAUGAUUCAGAUCCGGGAGGAUCACAUGCGUUUCAUCUCUGAGCUGGCGCGCUACAGUAACAGUGAGGUGGUGACUGGAUCAGGACGGCAGGAAGCCCAGAAGACUGACUCAGAGUACAGGAAGCUUUUUGACCUGGCUCUGCAGGGCAUGCAGCUGCUCUCUCAGUGGAGUGCUCACGUCAUGGAAGUGUAUUCCUGGAAGCUGGUGCAUCCAACAGACAAGUACUCCAACAAGGAAUGCCCAGAUAAUGCUGAAGAGUAUGAGAGAGCUACCAGAUACAAUUACACUAGCGAGGAGAAGUUUGCCCUUGUGGAGGUGAUGGCCAUGAUAAAAGGUUUGCAGGUGUUGAUGGGGCGAAUGGAGAGCGUGUUCAAUCAUGCCAUCCGUCAUACCAUCUACUCAGCCCUGCAGGACUUUGCCCAGGUCACCCUGCGAGACCCACUGCGCCAGGCCAUCAAGAAGAAGAAGAAUGUCAUCCAGAGCGUCCUCCAGGCCAUCCGAAAGACCAUCUGUGACUGGGAGACUGGUCGGGAGCCACACAAUGAUCCUGCUCUCCGUGGAGAGAAAGAUCCCAAGGGUGGAUUCGAUAUCAAGGUCCCACGUCGGGCAGUAGGGCCCUCCAGUACACAGCUCUACAUGGUGAGGACUAUGCUGGAAUCUCUAAUUGCUGACAAGAGUGGCUCAAAGAAGACACUGCGCAGCAGCCUGGAAGGCCCAACCAUCCUAGAUAUUGAGAAGUUCCACCGCGAGUCAUUCUUUUAUACUCAUCUGCUAAACUUCAGUGAGACCCUGCAACAUUGCUGCGACCUCUCCCAGCUAUGGUUCAGGGAGUUCUUUCUAGAGCUGACCAUGGGCCGUAGGAUCCAGUUCCCCAUUGAGAUGUCCAUGCCCUGGAUCCUCACUGACCACAUCUUGGAGACCAAGGAGGCUUCAAUGAUGGAAUAUGUACUGUACCCUUUGGACUUGUACAAUGAUAGUGCACACUACGCCCUGACCAAAUUCAAGAAGCAGUUUCUUUAUGACGAAAUAGAGGCUGAGGUGAACUUGUGCUUUGAUCAAUUUGUAUACAAGCUGGCUGAUCAAAUAUUUGCCUACUAUAAAAUCCUAGCAGGAAGUCUGCUCCUUGACAAACGAUUGCGAGCUGACUGCAAGAACCAGGGGGCUAAUAUUCCGUGGCCUGCAUCCAACCGCUAUGAAACUUUGCUGAAGCAGCGCCAUGUGCAGCUCCUAGGUCGCUCCAUUGAUCUGAACAGGCUGAUCACUCAGAGAGUCUCUGCUGCACUCUACAAGUCUCUGGAGCUGGCCAUCAAUCGCUUUGAAAGCGAGGACCUCACCUCCAUCAUGGAACUGGAGGGGCUUCUGGAGAUCAAUCGCAUGACACACAAGCUCCUCAGUAAGUUCUUGACUCUGGAUAGUAUGGACGCCAUGUUCCGUGAGGCCAACCACAACGUGUCAGCUCCCUAUGGCAGGAUAACGCUUCAUGUCUUCUGGGAGCUCAACUAUGACUUCUUACCCAAUUACUGCUACAAUGGCUCCACCAACAGGUUUGUCCGCACAGUCUUGCCCUUCUCUCAGGAGUUCCAGAGGGACAAGCCGCCCAAUGCACAGCCCCAGUAUUUGUAUGGAUCAAAGGCCCUGAACUUGGCAUACAGCAGCAUAUUUGGCUUCUACAGGAACUUCCUGGGACCUCCACACAUCAAGGCCAUGUGCAGGCUGCUGGGCUAUCAGGGCAUCGCUGUGGUGAUGGAGGAGCUGCUGAAGGUCGUCAAAAGCUUGCUCCAAGGCACCAUACUACAGUAUGUAAAGACUCUGAUGGAGGUGAUGCCCAAGAUCUGCCGCCUUCCACGCCAUGAGUACGGCUCCCCAGGAAUCCUGGAGUUCUUUCACCACCAGUUAAAGGACAUAGUGGAGUAUGCUGAGCUUAAGACUGUGUGCUUCCAGAACCUGCGAGAAGUGGGCAACGCCAUGCUCUUCUGUCUGCUGAGUGAACAGAGUCUGUCCCAGGAGGAAGUUUGUGAUUUGCUGCACGCAGCGCCAUUCCAGAAUAUUCUUCCCAGAGUCCAUGUCAAAGAGGGGGAGCGCCUUGAUGCCAAAAUGAAGCGUUUGGAGGCCAAAUACACAGCCCUGCACAUGGUCCCGCUGAUUGAGCGCCUUGGUACUCCACAGCAAAUUGCCAUUGCUCGUGAGGGAGACCUGCUGACCAAAGAGAGACUGUGUUGUGGUUUAUCGAUGUUCGAGGUCAUCCUCACACGUGUGAGAGGUUUCUUGGAUGACCCCAUUUGGCGUGGGCCUUUGCCUAGCAAUGGCGUGAUGCAUGUGGAUGAGUGUGUGGAGUUCCACCGCCUCUGGAGCGCCAUGCAGUUUGUGUACUGCAUCCCUGUGGGAGCCCAUGAAUUCACUGUGGAGCAGUGCUUUGGAGACGGCCUUCAUUGGGCAGGUUGCAUGAUCAUUGCCCUCCUUGGACAACAUAGGCGAUUUGACAUUCUGGACUUCAGCUACCACCUCCUCAAAGUGCAGAAACAUGAUGGCAAAGAUGAGAUCAUCAAGAGUGUGCCGCUGAAGAAAAUGGUGGACAGAAUCCGUAAAUUCCAAAUCAUCAACGAUGAAAUCUUUGCAAUUCUGAACAAGUACCUGAAGUCUGGAGAUGGUGAAAACAUGCCAGUGGAACAUGUCCGAUGCUUCCAACCACCAAUUCACCAAUCGCUCGCCAGCAACUGAUAU